AGAGAAAUUGACUCUAUUCGAUGCGGCAGUGAAGAAGCAAACUGAGAUAAUGAUUGAAAAUAUUCUGGGAGACGGAAUUGACUGUCACUUGCUGGGCCUCAGAGAACAGUCCAAACUUCUCGAUCAACCGAUGGACUUGUUCAAGGACGAAUGUUACAGAAUAGCUAAUCAUUUUGCCUUAUCCACAAGUCAGGUUCCAACCACAUCUGACUGCGUUCUGGGAUAUGGUCCGGUGGUACCAGACGGUUACGGAUGCUGUUACAACCCGUGGCCCAAUUCUAUCACUUUCUGCAUAUCGGCGUUCCAUUCAUCCGAGUCGACCAAAUCGUCACUUUUCGCACAGAAUCUGGAAGACAGUUUGCUGGCCAUGCAAGAACUGCUGCAAUCCAGGGGGACAUAGAACCAUGGAGAAAAUUUAGCUUAGCGAGAAGCUAUCUUCUACCAUUAUUUCUCUAUAGAAUCAUAGAGAG